AUGACUAAAAGAGCUCACUCUUGGUUGGAGAGAACCAUCAGCAAAGAUUACGCCGAAAUCGUGCACGACAUAGUGAUGGAAACCUUUCGUGGAUUUCCGAAAAAGCUGAAACGUUCCAGUGCAAUGGAAAAUCUCAGUGAGUUAAACCAGAGAACUUCUUCCUGCUGCGACAGUGCUUAUGCUACAAGCGAAGACGAUCUACAUAAUAUUGAUCUACAACGAUCAACAAUAAGUGCAGAUUAUUCAUUGCUUACUAAGUUGGGUUCUUCAUUGACGUAUUUUAGAGAGGAUUCUCCUUGUUUUGAUAGCGAUGAUGAUACUUUGGUGGAUGGUGAAGAGUUUUUAAGCAAAAGUUUUUAUCAGAAGAGGACAAGAGAAACUAGUGAUGGAGAGGAUGAUAAGGAUAGCCUGUUAUAUGACUCGCAUGAAUCUGCAUCCAUAAAAGAACCAAAUUGUCCAGAAGAAAACUCCUUUGCCAAUUCCAACAUCAGUUUAAGAGAUGCUUCUUUAAACUUCAAAUUUUCUGAUGAAGAUGAAACUGCUGCCUUCAAUGAACAGUCAAAUUGUUCACUUGCUGAUUCCAGCAUCAGUUCUAGAGACGUUUCAUACCUACUGGAAUCUUCAAGCUACACAAAAGAAGACAAUUCUAGGGCCUUAUUACUGGAACCAUCAAAUAAUCUAAUUGAAGAACUAAAUUACGAAGAAACAAUAGGAAAAAUCUACUUUGAAGAAAACAGAAUCCAGCAAUUACAAAAUUUAAUGAGCAUUGGUAAAGGACAAUCGGGCUACGUAGGAAGCAUACCUCACAUUGCAGCCGCCUCCAAAAUGCUUAUAGCAAACUUAACCAAAGACGCUCUAAUAACCUCCAUAGCCAAAAAUCACUUUGUAAAGCAUCCAAGCUACAAAAACGGACAAAUUGUAGUGGAAAACAUCCAAUUGGAUACAGAUUACCUUGGAAAGCAUGGAAAUUUACCUCCUUGCUAUUAUUUGGUAGUUUUACAGCAUAACACAAUAAUCUUACACACUCAAAUUAUUGCACCAGAUGCUCAUGGACUUUUAGAGUGGAACGACAAAAUGUUUUUCGAUGACAUAAGCCAAGAUUUUACAAUAUUCAUGUCACUGUACAAAUUACAAGUAAAAACAAACACCAAAAACUACAAGUGGAAAAAAUUACUCAAAAACAAGCCACCAGCUUUAUUUCAAUUAGUUGGCAAAAAGGAAAUCACAACAAGCAAUAUUCACCAAACAUCUUUUGAGUUCACCAACAACAAACAGCUUUAUGUGGACUUUAAAUUGUCCAUAAAUACAGGCAAAAAUUUGAGAAAAACCCCAAUGAAAUUAAGCAAAGUUAUAAUGAAAAACAACAAAGCAACCAAAGUAAUUUGCAACAGCAUGCUUGGCCAACUAGACGGAACCAAUUUGAAGCUGUUUCGAUACAACACACAAGAACCCGAAGAAGUGAUCAGUUUGGUGCAAUGUAAACGAUGUAAAACUGAGUUAGGUUCCAUGAAUACCUUGGAGAUUGAUUACGAAAAAACGCAUAGCGGAGGGAAGUUUUAUUUGACUUUUGAAACGCCUCACGAGUUUAGAGAAUGGAGGAUGGCGUUUAAUGGAGCUAUAUUGGUUUCGAAAAAAUGGAAUUUGUGAAUAUGAAGAAUCCGUCUGGAAUUGGAUCCUGAUGGUGCUCCAAUGGGAGCGUUUUUGUGUACAUUUGUAUUGUAUUUUUUUUUUAUGGUAGAAGUUUCGUGGUUGAUAAAAAUAUAUAAUUGAAAUA